UUCUCACCAACUUGACUUCACUAAAUACUCCUCCUACUCUCACCUUCCUUCAAUCUCCAAACACACACCCUAUAAAUACAACACAAUUCAUGUCUUUUAUCUUCAACUUACUAACAAAACAUUCCUCCGCAUAAAAUGGCUUCUUCUUCUACCUCAAAGCUGUCGACUUUCCUUCUGCUUUUCAUCUUUCUAGUGAGCAUUUCAAUAGUCUCUGCGGAUUUCAACAAUGAGUUUGAUAUCACUUGGGGUGAUGGCCGAGGUAAAAUACUAAAUGGCGAACUCUUAACCCUUUCCCUCGAUAAAUCAUCUGGCUCUGGCUUUGAGUCAAGAAACGAGUACCUGUUUGGCAAAAUCGAUAUGCAGCUGAAACUGGUACCCGGCAACUCCGCAGGCACAGUCACUGCCUACUACUUGUCUUCAAAAGGAUCGAACUGGGAUGAGAUCGACUUUGAGUUCUUGGGUAACUUGAGUGGUGAUCCCUAUAUUCUUCAUACAAAUGUAUUCAGCCAAGGCAAAGGCAACAGAGAACAACAAUUCUACCUGUGGUUCGACCCAACUGCUGAUUUCCACACCUAUUCAAUCCUUUGGAACCCUCAACGAAUCAUAUUUUCUGUUGAUGGAACACCCAUUAGAGAGUUUAAGAAUUCCGAAUCUAUUGGAGUUCCGUUCCCAAAAAAUCAGCCCAUGAGAAUACACUCUAGCUUAUGGAAUGCUGAUGAUUGGGCGACCAGGGGUGGGUUGGUUAAAACCGACUGGAGUCAAGCCCCGUUCACAGCAUCCUACAGAAACUUUAGGGCCGAUGCUUGUGUGGUGUCUUCUGGGAAAUCGUCUUGUGGUGGCUCUGCAUCUUCCGGUGGCAAUCAGGCAUGGCUAUCGGAGGAGUUGGAUAACACAAAGCAGGAAAGGUUAGAAUGGGUGCAGAAGAAUUACAUGAUAUACAACUACUGUUCAGAUUCCAAGAGGUUUGCUCAAGGGUUUCCUCCGGAAUGCAAAAUGGCAUAAGAAGUGUUCUGUUAUACACUGAUACGCUGGACCUCCGUAUAUAUUCUUCUAUGUAUUUACUAUUUAGUGCUAUUUAAGCUUUAGAAUUAUAUUUGUUAUUCAUAUUCUUUGUAGCUAUUAAUCAAUGGGAUAAUGACUUGAAAGGGUAACGAACUUUCGAGUUUUGUCACAUUUAGUCACUAAAUUUUUUUUCGUUAU